GACAAAAUUGUUGAUAAUAAUCAACAACAACAACAACAAUCGAAUCAUCAAUCAGAUGAUUAUCAUAAUAAUUCAAUGUCAAAUGGUAAUCAUAAUCAUAAUCAAAAUCAAAAUCCAAAUAGUCCAGCUACAAGUUGUAUGUCACAACAAAGUUCAUCAUCAUCAUCAUUAUCUAAUUAUAAUGGUCAUAAUAAUGGCCAAAAUGGAUUAUCAUCGACCACAUCAUCAUUGAAUCAACAAAAUCAACAAAAUCAACAAAAUAAUCAUCAAACCGUCCAUUCAUUGGCAGAAUAUUUACAACAAUUAUUAAAAGAUCGUCAACGUUUAGCAGCAUUUCCAGGAACAUUUUUACAUUUAGAUCGUUUAAUUGAUGCUGAAAUUGCCCGUGUACGAGCUUCAUUAUUUCAGAUUAAUAAUGAUGAACAUAAACCAUUAAUAUUACCCGAACCAGAUGGUAGUUCAAUUGUAAAUAAAAUGGAAAAAGUUUAUGUACCUGUUGAUGAACAUCCUGAUUUUAAUUUUGUUGGAAGAAUACUUGGACCACGUGGUAUGACAGCCAAACAAUUAGAACAAGAAACUGGUUGUAAAAUUAUGGUACGUGGACGUGGUUCAAUGCGUGACAAAAAAAAGGAAGAACAAAAUCGUGGUAAACCAAAUUGGGAACAUUUAAAUGAUAAAUUACAUGUAUUGAUUACUGUUGAAGAUACUGAAAAUCGUGCACAAUUAAAAAUGGAACGUGCAAUUGAAGAAGUAAAAAAAUUAUUAGUUCCAAUUACUGAAGGUGAAGAUGAGCUUAAAAAACGACAACUAAUGGAAUUGGCCAUUAUUAAUGGAACUUAUCGUGAUUCUGGUCAAAGAAAUAAUUCUGCCAAUAAUAAUGUUGUUGCAACAGCAACAUCACCAAAUCUAAUUGCCGCACAACAUUUAGUAAAUAUGGGAUUAGAUCCUGAACAAUUAGGUUUGUUUGCCAAUAAUGGAAAUGGAAACCUUGCUGGUGGUGGUGGUGGUUCUUUACCGAUGGCAUUAGCAGCAGCAGCAGCAGCAGCUGCUGCUGCUACACAUCCACAUUCACAUCUUCAACGUCAUCAUCCUUUGACACCCGGUCAUCAUUCAAGUCAUCAUCAUCAUCAUCAGCCAUCACCAAUUGGUGCACCACUUAUUUUGACCGGUACACCACCAACAGCCCGUCAAUUUGCUCAUACAGCUGCCGCAUCACCAUCACCGCAUCAAUCAUUGGUUCAUCCACAUCCACAUCAAGCAUUAUUGAAUGGAAAUGCUGCAGCAGCAAUGCAAGCAGCAGCUGUUGCUGCUGCUGCAUCACUUCCACCACAAUUAAUAACAGCAACUAGUACACCUGAUGGUACAUUAUUAUAUACAACAAAUGUACAUCCAUCUGCAUUAAAUCAUCAUACACAUCCACAUCAUCCGCAUCAAUAUGCAACAACGGCUGCUGAAUUUCAUCAUCAAUAUGCAGCAUCAUUAGCUGCUGCACAAUUACUUGAUUAUCAAAAUGCAGUUGCAACAGCAGCAGCAGCAGUUGGUGGUGGUGGUCAGCCUAUUCUGCAAUCAGAUCAAUCAACAGCAGCAGCAGCAGCCGCAUCAACAUUAUCAUCAUCAGCAUCAUCAUCAUCAUCAUCAACCACAUCCGGAUUAAAAGAAAAACGACAAACCAUAAUGGUCAGUAAUCCAUCGUUAAAUGGUUUACGUAAUGUUGCUCUAAUGAAUUCUGUUGGUACUGUUAAUGGAUCAUCAUCAUCAUCAUCGAUAACAUCAACAUCAACAACAUCAUCAACAUUGACACAACAUAAUAAUCAUCGUUAUCAUCCAUAUGAUAAUCAUCAUCAUCCUCAUCCUAAUUCUCAUCAUAAUAAUAAUCAUCAUUUAAUGCGUACAGCUGGCAAUAGCUAAAUUCAAUGGAAUUUUUUUUUUCACUGGCGAAAAAAAAAAUUCCUUCAAAUUACAAAUUCUUUGGCUUCCAUUAAUAAUCAAAAUCAAACAGAACACACACACACCCUCCGUAAACCACGCCUACACCCCCAAUCAUUUACGCACAGGUAAAUACAUACACAAUUCACAAACAAACAAACAAAAAAACAGAAAACAAAAACAAGAAAACUGAAAAAAACUUUCGAAUUCAAGUGCCAUUCAAAUUGUAAUUUUUUUUUUUUUCAUCAUCAGCAUCAUCAUCAUUUUUUUAAUAAUAAUAAUAAUAAUGAUCAUUAUAAUAAUGAUGAUGAAACGCCCACACGCCCACACUUAUCUUAUCUUAUCAGUCUUGUUUUUGUUGGGUAUUUCCGUUAAGACACACCCACACACACACACACACACAAUUGAUCAAUAACAGA